UGUGGCCCUGCGGACCAUCGGGAGGGAAGCACCCCCCGGCCCGGAAGGAGCUGCGGGGAGCCGGGACCUCGGCAGCCAUCGCGCUUUGCAGUUCGAACUAGAAGGGUGUAGGGCGGACGCCAGGUGAGGAAUUGCGAUCUCUCCAUUCGCAGACCCUAUAAGAUUUGGAUAUGUCCUUCAUAUUUGACUGGAUUUACAGUGGUUUCAGCAGUGUGCUACAAUUUUUAGGAUUAUAUAAGAAAACCGGUAAAUUGGUAUUUCUUGGAUUGGAUAAUGCAGGUAAAACCACAUUGCUACACAUGCUAAAAGAUGACAGACUUGGACAACAUGUCCCAACGUUACAUCCCACUUCAGAAGAACUAACCAUUGCUGGCAUGACUUUUACAACUUUUGAUUUGGGUGGACAUGUUCAAGCUCGAAGAGUGUGGAAAAACUACCUUCCUGCUAUCAAUGGCAUUGUAUUUCUGGUGGAUUGUGCAGACCAUGAAAGGCUGUUAGAAUCAAAAGAAGAACUUGAUUCACUAAUGACAGAUGAAACCAUUGCUAAUGUGCCUAUACUAAUUCUUGGGAAUAAGAUUGACAGACCUGAAGCCAUCAGUGAAGAAAGGUUACGAGAGAUGUUUGGUUUAUAUGGUCAGACAACAGGAAAGGGCAAUGUAUCUCUGAAAGAACUUAAUGCCCGACCCUUAGAAGUUUUCAUGUGCAGCGUGCUCAAAAGGCAAGGUUACGGAGAAGGGUUCCGUUGGAUGGCACAGUACAUUGAUUAACAACCGCCUACAUCGGUUCCAGGUCUCACCAUUCAGGCCUGCUCAGAGAUUUGAUCCACUCAACAUGCAUAACUUGAAUUCAAUAGACUUUUGUUGGUUAGGAAACAGAUGUUUUUUAGAUUAUUAAUAUUAAAUCAACUUAAUUUGAGUGCAAAUUGAAAAUUGAUUCAAGUGAGUUUGAGUAUCACAAUGUUAGCUUUCCAAUUCCAUAAAAAUAUUGUUAGUUUAUACAGUUCAUAAUCUGACAUUAUCCCCAGCACCAUUUAUAAAGAACAACUUUCCAGUAGUACAUUUGAAGCACUUUUUAACAACGUGAAGCUACAAAUAUAAACCAUGUUUAAAAGCUCAUCAUGUUAAAUUUUUAUGUACUAUUUUGGAACUAGUUUUUAAAUUUUAGAUUAUAUGUCCACCUGUCUUAAGUGUACAGUUAAUAAUUAGCUUAUUGAUGAUUGCAUGAUGCCUUACAGUUUUCAAUAAUAUUUUUUCUUAUGCAACGUCAUGCAAUAAAACACACCCUGAUGUUUGGCAUCUUUGUUGGGCAGAUGUUUCAUUUUAAUGUGUCUUAUCUGGCUAGUAUGCUCUGACAUUUUGAGUAUUUAAUAACAUACGUAUGAGGGGGUUGUGGGGAAAGGAGACCACUUCAGAAUUUUUAGGAUAAUGUUUAAGUCUUCUAGAGGCUUUUGGAUUUACCAGGAGACAAGCUGUGUUUGGUUCCAUCUUAUACCACGUGUAUCUCUGAAUCACGUGUACUUGUAACAGUAAUGCUACCAUUAUUAGUGCUGAUGGGGUCCACCUCCUAGUUUCCAUGGGAUUGGUCUUUUGAAGAAAAGCACAUCUUCUAGUACAGCACAAAGUUAAUCUGGGGUUUCAUAGGCCCUAUAGCUCCAUUCCAGUUGUCUGAUUCUGAAGUGUUCCAAACUUACUGGUGCCCAGUUUGGUCAUUUGUGCCUUUUCACCCAAAGUAGUGACAGGCACCAGUCUCCCCACAUUUAGAGGUACUCCCCACUCCCUUUUACAUGAUACUCCCAGGGCAAGCAACAAGUAGCACCUUGUGUGUCGUUUCAUUGUGGAGGCCUGUAUGUGUGAGGAGAAAGGAACCCUAUUCUGCCUUCUGAGCUGCAUGGGGACUCUGGUCCUGUCCUGUAGCUCUUUUGCAUUGUUUGGCAUAUUUUAUUUCUUAGAAAUAAAUGAAUGCUUGUGUUCGAUUUUCUUUUCUCUUAAUUGCUCUCAGCUCUUACUUUAUAUAGCACAAAGGCUUUUGUUUUUAGAAGUAAUGCCUGCCGUGUGGUAGUGUCUGCAAGCCUCACUGAUAGACUAACAUUUUUAGGUAGCAAAGCACUUUAAUUUCUAAAGAAAUUGAGUUCUUUUUUUCCAUGAGGUUCUGAGAUUCCCAUAAUUACUAAAAUAAGCUGAAAGAUAAGUGCCAAAUAUGGAUUUUUAAAGAUUCAUACUUGAGAGUUAGUUCUCUCUUGGUUAUAAACCAGGAUUUUAUAGUAUAUUUAACCAAUUCCAUUGAGAAUAGAUUGCUCCUGUUCCAUCAGGAAUAAUUUAAAUAUCAGAAUUAGUGUUUUCUUUAGCUUUUUUCCAAAUCAGUUACUCUAGUUCUGUCAUUAAUACUGGAACAUCUGAGACAGGUAAGGAUUAAGGGAUUUGACUGGAAGGAAAUACCAGUUAGCUAAACCAACAAGGUCAUUUCAACAUGACCUUUGGUUUAGUAAUAUGGCUCUUCUGUUUCACUUUAACCUUCCUUUCAAAUGAAAAUAAGAGCUUCUUCCCUGCUUAGAGUCAUCAGUAGCAUCCUGGGAAAAGGAGGAAAUGACAUAUCAACCUGUUGGUUUAUUCUGCCACGUGUAAUUCAAGUACUGCUCAUUUUGUGGGGCACGGGACUCUUGAGCUCAGGGUUGUGAGUUCGAGCCCCACACUGGGUGUAGAGAUUACUUAAAUAAAAAAAUAAAUCAGGUACUUCUAAUAUCCUGACUAAACAGAACUAGGUCUUAUUAAAGUAACUGCCUCUUGUUGGUAUCUGUCUUGAGCACCUACAAGGACAUGCAUUUUCUUCAAGUAUUUCCUUAUCUUGUGAUAUUGAGAAGUUAAGUAUUUGUGUCAUAAAUUGGGUAUAAAGGAAAAAGCUUACUUGUUUCUCUAAAGGGAAAAAUGCUUUCUGGUACAAAAUAAAUCAUUCCAGAAUUUUCAUUCUAGUUCUGAUACUGGGAUCAAAGAAACAAAGUCAGUUGUGGACCACAACUAAACUGUGGCUAUUGUCCCAAUGAUGUAAGAUUAUGGCCUGAACAUUCAGAAAUGAAGCUGCACACAGCAGCAGCUGGCUUUCCCCCCAGCUGCAGGGAGAUGGGCCCUAGUCACUGGCUUCCCAUCUCACUCUUCCAGCUCCUUGGAACAUAUCCACUGAAUCACUGCUUCCCUUCAAGAGAAGCAUAUUAAGAGAAUGCCAAGAAACAGUAGAAGCACAUGGGGAAAACAUGUUAUCUCUAUGUGCUUGUGCAAGUGGGUGCACCUGUGCAGUAUUUUGGGGGUAAAUGGUAGCACUGGGGACAUAGAUUAAUUUUGUACCUUUUACCAUAAGUUGUGAAAAUGUAUACAAGUUAAGAUUGGAUUCCAUAUAAAUCAGGCACUGCUCAAAAGAUAUGUUAAAAUCUUUAGUCUAAAGCUCUAAAAGACAGGGUCUCAGCCUACAUUUCUCAUUUUAAUGAAACCCUUAUCCCCACACCUCUUUCAAGGACUGCUGUUAAUUAUGUUUUCAGGUGACUUUUUAAAUUGAUUCCAGUUUGUCUUUAUCUCAGUGAAUUUUUAGAAUUGGAGAUCAUAGCCUUUUUUAAAAUCGGGGCAAGACAUUUUCUAAAAUAUAUGAAAAAAAUUCUUUGCUCUUGGCUUGGUUGACAGUAUCUUUGAGUGCCAAAGAUGUAUGAAUUCAGAUAUUGCCUGCAUAGACGUAAAGUUUAGUUUUGUGUGCCUGUGUAUAUAUACACAUUUACCGUGGUUUACAAUGUUGUUUCUUUUCCUUAGUUUUGAACAGGCUCACGCUUCUUCCUAGUGCUUUGCGGCACAUAAACUACUUGUAAAAUCAUUAAAAUAGGGUAAUAGCUGUGAUAAUACUGCUUCUUGCCUUCUGCAAAAUGAUUUGAUCAGCCACAUUCAAAACAGCACUUUCACAAGUUCUGUCAUUAAAAGCAGUGUAAUUCUAGUUGACAUGAUUUGAGUUUCAGGAGAAAGGUUUACAUGUUCUCAAACUGUAUUGGUUGUGACUCAAGUGUGACAUCAGUCUUGAUAGUCAUGUGAUUAAAGUUUGCAAGGAUUUAUUGCCAAAUUUUGAUGACAGUACAAUGAGAAUAGCUAAUAGGAAGAGAAUGCACUCGAAAUAUCUUGUGUUCAUUUUAUUUAGAGUAUAUUGUUUAGAUCAUUUUAAAUCUAUGUAAAAGUUAGCGAAGCUUCAAAAAAUCCCCAAGAAAGCAUGAAAAAAAUAGAGAUUAGCAAAUAAAAAUUCCUUAAUGCAAACUUAAUGGUGAAUUAAAGGUUUUCUAUAAACUGUUUUUUUUGCUAUAAAUCUAAGAGUUCAGAAAACUGUAUCUUCAAUUAAAGUCUAAAUUCUCAAA